UUGUGACACUACGCGUCGGAGCCUGUCGUGCGCGCCGGUCCACGCUAGUUCAGGGACUGUUCCCGGAAGCGGCCGGCGCCGAACGGGACUUGUCCGGGGUGAAGGAGCGCGGAUCCUGGCCCCGCGGCUGGGCACGAUGCGGCUGGGCUCCGGGACCUUUGCCGCCGGCUGCGUAGUGAUAGAGGUGCUCGGGGUCGCGCUCUUCCUUCGGGGAUUCUUCCCGGCCCCGGUUCGCUCCUCCUCCAGGACGGGGCACCAAGCAGAGCCCCCGGCGCCCGAACCCUCCGCUGGAGCCAGUUCCAACUGGACCAAGCUCCCACCACCCCUCUUCAGUAAAGUUGUUAUUAUGCUGAUAGAUGCCUUGAGAGAUGAUUUCGUGUUUGGGUCAAAGGGUGUGAAAUUUAUGCCCUACACAACUUAUCUCGUGGAAAAAGGAGCAUCUCACAGUUUUGUGGCUGAAGCAAAGCCACCGACAGUUACUAUGCCUCGAAUCAAGGCCUUGAUGACAGGGAGCCUCCCUGGCUUCAUCGAUGUUGUCAGGAACCUCAAUUCCCCUGCACUGCUGGAAGACAACGUGAUCACACAGGCAAAAGCAGCUGGGAAAAGAAUGGUCUUUUAUGGAGAUGAAACAUGGGUGAAAUUAUUCCCAAAGCAUUUUGUGGAAUAUGAUGGAACAGCCUCAUUUUUUGUGUCCGAUUACACAGAGGUGGACAAUAAUGUUACGAGGCAUUUGGAUAAAGUAUUAAAAAGAGGGGAUUGGGAUGUGUUAAUCCUCCACUACCUUGGGCUGGACCACAUCGGCCACAUUUCCGGGCCCAGCAGCCCCCUGAUCGGGCGCAAACUCAGCGAGAUGGACAACGUCCUGAUGAAGAUCCACACCUCGCUGCUGUCCGAGGAAAGAGAGAAUCUUUUACCCAAUUUGCUGGUUCUUUGUGGUGAUCAUGGCAUGUCGGAAACAGGAAGUCACGGGGCCUCUUCCAUGGAGGAAGUUAACACCCCCCUGAUCCUGAUCAGUUCUGCAUUUGAAAGAAAACCAGGUGACAUCAGACAUCCAAAGCACGUUCAACAGACUGACUUGGCUGCAACCCUAGCAAUAGGGCUCGGGCUGCCAAUUCCAGAGAACAGCGUCGGUAGCCUCCUGUUCCCCGCCGUAGAAGGCAGACCGAUGAGAGAGCAGCUGAGGUUUUUACACUUAAAUGCAGUGCAGCUCAGCAAAUUGUUGCAAGAGAACAUGCCAUCGUACAAAAAAGAGCCUGGAUUUGAGCAGUUUAAAAUGGCAGAGAGGCUGCAUGGGAACUGGAUCAGACUGUACUUGGAGGAAAAUACCUCAGAAGUCCUAUUCAACCUGGGAACCAAGGUUCGAAGGCAGUACUUGGAUGCCCUGAGGACCCUGAGCCUGUCCCUGAGCAGACAAGUGGCUCAGUAUGACAUCUACUCGAUGCUGGUGGGGACCGUCAUGGUUUUGGAGGUUCUAACCCUGCUCCUGCUCAGCAUCCCGCAAGCACUGAGCAACAAGGCUGAACUGGAAGUUCCUCUAUGGUCACCUGAGUUUUCUCUGCUGUUUUAUCUGAUGUUUCUGGCACUUUCUGCUCUUCACAUCGUUGUGUGCACCUCAGCCGAUAGCUCCUGCUAUUUCUGUGGCCUCUCGUGGCUGACGGCGGGUGGAGUGAUGGUGCUGAUCUCUGCACUGCUCUGUGCCGUCGCGUCUGCUCUCGCCAAGACGUUUGCCAACGGAAAGCUCCUGAGCAAGAAUCCAGCCCACCCGAACUCACGGUGGUCAGAAUUGGACGUUGUUAUCUUGCUGGGGACCGUGGGCCACGUGCUGAGUCUGGGCGCCAGCAGCUUCAUCGAGGAGGAGCACCAGACCUGGUACUUCCUCGUCAACACCCUGUGCCUGGCUCUGUGUCACGAGAUCUACAGAGACUGCUUUCUGGAGGACGACCGUGAGCCCCCGCAGCGCCCACCCCAGGAGCUGGGCUUUGUCAGCGCCGCACCAGCCGUACAGGACGGGAGCGCCGGCUGUGAUGCGUUAGAGCCCCGCAGGGUGUCGAGGGGCCCCACGUCCCUGUACACGCUCCGAAGCUCCGAGAAGUGGAUGGUGAUGGCAAGCCCGUGGGCGGUGCUCGCCUGCUGCCGUUUGCUGCGGUCACUAAACCAGACGGGCGUGCAGUGGGCCCACCGGCCCGACCUGGGGCAUUGGCUCACCAGUUCUGAUCAUAAAGCUGAGCUCUCCGUCCUGGCCGCCUUGUCGCUCAUCAUGAUUUUUGUGCUGGUGCAGAGAAGGUGCUCCCUGACGUCAAAAGUAGCCAUGGCACUUGGCCUCCUGGGCGUCUAUUGCUACCGAGCAGCCAUUGGAGACGUCCUGUUCCCAUGGCAACGAGACAGCAAAGACAUUUCAAAGGGUCUUAUUGAAGCACGUUUUGUUCAUGUCUUUGUCCUGGGCAUUCUGUUCACGGGCACCAAAGACUUGCUUAAAUCUCAAGUCAUUGCUGCAGACUUCACAAUCAAGACUGUGGGUUUAUGGGAGAUAUAUAGUGGAUUAGUUCUUCUGGCUGCUUUGCUUUUUAGACCACAUAAUCUUCCAGUUUUAGUAUUUAGCCUCUUGAUUCAGACUCUAAUGACUAAGUUCAUCUGGAAGCCCCUGAGGCAUGAUGCAGCUGAGAUCACUGUAAUGCAUUAUUGGUUUGGUCAAGCAUUCUUCUAUUUCCAGGGAAACUCCAACAACAUAGCCACAGUGGACAUCUCAGCGGGCUUCGUGGGCCUAGACACCUACAUGGAGGUCCCAGCUGUGUUCCUGACUGCAUUUGCGACGUUUGCAGGACCCGUGCUGUGGGCCAGCCACUUAGUGAGCUUCCUGAGCUCAGAAACUAGCAGCUUCUUUAUGAGGGAAUGCACAUCCUCAUCACGGCUGCCGUCUGUGUAUUCUUCACAGCCAUGGAUCAGACCAACACAACGUCCUAGACACUGGGAAAACAAUACAUGUUUUAAGUCUCUUCACGUCAUGCAUUUGAGUAAUGAAAAAAAUCUGUUUAAAUACUCCAUUAAAACACGACAAACAAUGGUUUCUUACAGGCUAAUUGGAGAAAAAGCAAGUGCAUGUAAAACAGGAGAAGCCCUAGGACGGUCUACACCUGAGUUAACAGAAUUACCUGGUUGAGAAAUUCUGGGUCUGUGUAAGAUAUAGUUGGGGGAGCUGGGUGAACUGUACGUGCCUCUUUCUGUACUAUUUUUUGCAACUCUUGUGAAAUUUAAACUAUUUAAAAAUUAAAGUUAUUUUAUGAAAGAAAAGA